AUGAAAGUAUAUGGUCUUUUUCUUGUUGGCUUGGCUGCUAUAGCCGUUGCAGCUGAUGUCACACUCACGAGCUCAGGCUGCGCCGACGCAUCAGGCUUCGAACAGUGCCAGGCCUCUGCGAACAAGAAGACAAGCAGCUGCAUAGCUCAAGCUCGUCACGACAACAGCCAGGUAGAACUCCUCGCAUGCGGCUGCCAGGACUACGUCGACAACUUCAACUGCUACGCGGCCUUCUGCUGGAACAGGGUCUGGGAAUGCGAGUAUCAGGAGUACGUGGUUUCGUAUUUCAUGAACUGCGAUACCGCCAAGAAACCGGUUCCCUACUUUCCCGCCCCCAAGAAUGCGCAGGGCGCUUGCUCUUGUAACGUUGGGCAAGUCUAUCUCAACAUCCAGGAUGCCAUUCAACAGACAGGGACGUGCUCGAACAGUGCCAAUUCGGGCGAUGCGGGAAGCAAUCUGCAGAAAAUUGAGGGCUGUAACUGCUGUGAGAUCAGCGGAGCUCUGUCCAGCAUCGUCGAGAUCUGCCCCAAGACGGACCCCAACCUGAUCGGCCUGAAGCAAAUAUCCACCCUCGAGUCCGAGCUGAAUGUCGACUACAAAUCCUGCGGGUCAUAUAUGGAGACGUAUGAUUGCUCGUCUCAGCUCUCGUACUCCCUGGAGGGCGUCAGCACAUACUACAAGCCUGAUGAUCCCCUCAAGACUGGUACCGCCACCUUGAGCAACAACCCAGGCUCAGUCACGGCACCGGCCAGCGGAAAGGUCUUUUCGUACACCAACGGAGGCGACGGAACUGUCUAUACUAUCACCGCUGCUGGUGUAGGCAAGGACAGUUCUGAUAACAAGGGGAGCUCUAAUAGUGAUGGCAGUUCUGAUGCUAGCGGCGAUUCAACAGGCUCCACUGGCACCUCGACUGGGAGUAGCAGUAAGGCUACGGGGAGCUCCAAGAAGAACGGGGCAGAUAAGUUGACUACCGGAAGCGCCUUGAUAAUGGGAGUCACACUGUUGCUGACUCUUGCAGCAAUUUAUUAG